AAUUGUGUUAAAUCGGCGGCGCAAACGCAGUGUAAUGAGGAGCACCAUUGAAUUGAUGAAAAGAACGUUAUUUAGCGUGAUUGCACUUAUAGGCAUCAAUCAAUUCGCUGGAUUCAGAGAGAGCGCGCACAAGCACACUACCUCUGUGCACAAUCAAAGCUUCCAUUCAAAGAAGUCAUUCAAAACUUACACCUUAAAAUCACUCCUUCCCCCAUCAUUUACUUUUAACAAAAGGUACACAAAAUGGCAUCAAGAAGAAGGGCAACUAAAAAGGGUGUCUCCUUCUGCCUUAUGGUAGUCGGAGCAUCAGGAACGGGUAAAACCACUUUUGUGAACACACUUUGCGAAUCAGAAGUGAUUGGACAUAAAGUGUGCGAUAACCCUGAAACAGCUCAUAUCGAAGAAGGUAUUCGCAUUAAACCCGUCAAUGUUGAACUUGACGAGGAUGGAAUGCGUAUCGGUCUUACAAUUGUCGACACUCCAGGAUUCGGCGAAAAUAUUGAUAACGAAUAUGCAUUCCAAGAAAUCGUUGGUUUCCUUGAAAGACAAUACGAUGAUAUCUUGGCAGAAGAAAGUCGUAUCAAACGUAACGCCCGUUUCCGCGACAAUCGUGUCCAUGCUCUUUUGUACUUCAUCACACCUACCGGUCACAGCUUGCGCGAGAUGGAUAUCGAAUUGAUGCGCAGAUUAAGCCCAAAAGUCAACGUCAUCCCCGUCAUCGGAAAGGCUGACACAAUGACACACUCUGAACGUGCCGAAUUCAAGAAACGGGUGAUGGAAGAUAUUGAGCACUACGGAAUCCCAGUCUACAACUUCCCAUACGAUGUCGAAGAAGAUGACGAAGAGACAAUUGCUGACAACAGUGAAUUGCGUGGUAUGAUGCCAUUCGCAAUCAUCGGAUCAGAGGAAGAAGUUGUGAUGAACGGAGAGCCAGUACGUGCUAGAACAUACCCAUGGGGUAUUGUCGAAGUUGAUAACCCACAACACUCCGACUUUGCCCGUCUUCGUAGCGCUCUGUUGAGCACACAUUUGACAGACUUGAAGGAAAUCACAAACGACUUCUUGUACGAAAACUACCGUUCAGAGAAACUUUCAAGAACUGUUCAUGCAGAUUAUGCAGAUCAACCAAUUCCAGGAGACGUUUUGGCCAACCAAAGUGUUCGUCUUAAGGAAGAACAAUUACGUCGUGAAGAGGACAAAUUACGUGAGAUCGAACUAAAGGUUCAACGUGAAAUUCAAGAAAAACGUCAAGAACUACUGGCAAAAGAAGAAUCUUUGAGAAGUUUGGAAAAUCGCUUGGCAGCGGCACAGGAUGCUUAAUGGUUUCCCAUUUGAUUUUUGUAUUCUCGGUCUUUCGUCAGAUAUAUUCUUAUUCCCCCCUUCUUCCUUUUUUGGCCUUGUAGGCUAUUUCUUGUUAUGAUUUCUUUUCCCUCUUGGUCAUCAUCAAUGAAUAUCCAUAUUUAAUCACAUAUUGACAAUUUAGCGUCGAGACUGGCAGGAUGU